AUGACGAGUUCUCCUGAGCUGACUGUGACGCCUCAAUCAUGUCUGAUGGACGAGUCCGUGACGGUCAAAGUGACAGGUCUCGAGAAGGACUCUGUCUACACGCUCCACACCACGGCCUCGGACAGCAACGGUGUGCCCUUUUUUACGGUCGCGACGUACAAAUCCAACACUGCCGGCGAGAUUGACCUGACGAAGACACCUGCGCUGGGCGGUCACUUCAGAGGAGUGCUGCCCAUGGCGCCCUUCGCGCAACUGCUGCCGGUGGAGCAGAAGGCCUUGUUCCCUAGGUUCAGCUACUCUGACGUCACGAAGCCCGUUCAGUUUGUACUAUCGCUGUACCAAGGCCCCAUAGCUGUCCAGCUCGCAACGAUCGGAGCAGAAAAGAGUGGCCUGAAGCCCUACGAGGACCUGCAGGAGAGCAUGCAAACGGGCUUCGAUAUCGCCUACUUCGACGAGGCCGUCCAGUAUCUCCUCUCGCGGCAAGAGGUGCUCAAAGUUGGUGUCGGCGUGAUUGGUUCCAGCAAGGGCGGAGACCUCACACUCAGCAUGGCCACGAACAUCCCUCAGGUGAAGGCGGCAGUUGUGGUGAACGGAGCUAUCUGCUCCGUAGGUUCUACGACGAAGCUCAAAGAUGGCACUGAGAAACCUACAUUGCCCAUGGAUAUUGCUAAAAUCAUGUUGCGCCGGGACAAUGUGAUGGACAUGUACUACCUCACGCCGAACCCAGCUGAUUAUCCAGAUGCGAUAAUCCCCGUCGAAGAAGCUUACGGGGACAUACUUUGGUUGUGCUCGAUGGCAGACAGAGCUUUUAACAACGAAGUCUUCGCAGAGCUGGCAGUCAAGCGGUGCACAGAGAACGGAAAACCCGACAAAGUGAAGGUUCUGAAAUACCCUGGAGCCGGGCACCUACUCGAGCCCCCUAACAUCCCCUUCUGCGAGAUGGCGUUGCAGGAGAUCAUGAAGAUCGGCACGAUGUGGGGAGGUAAUGCCGACGAGCACUGCGCUGCACAAGAGGAUUCUUGGAAACAAGUUAUUGCUUUCUACAACGAAAAACUUAGGUAGAUCUACACCACUGUCUUAUUUGGAGUUUUCCCCGUUAUCAUUUUCAAAAUUUCUGUACAAAAUUUUCCUCAGUAUAAAAUGUUGCCCAUAACAGUGUCUCUCGAUUGCUACUAAUAAAGACGGCCGAAGCAUGUCAGGCCCAAAAGGA